CUCGACAACAUCCAUUCACUACUGUCAUCAUCAGAAGACCGACUUCUGCUGCAAAUCUUUGGAUUGCUCUCCCUUCUCUGUCCCUCGAUACGACCCCUUUGCACGCCGCGAUUCGCAUUUGUUACGACGACGACUACGGCCUCGGUCCUGGCACCCGUCUCUGUUGACGUGUCAAGGUUGUAUUUUCACCUUUCUCUGUCUCUCUGUCUCUCUUUGGAUCUCGACUAUCCUCCUCUCUUCUUCUCUUCUUUUCUCUCUCUUGGGAUCACCUCGUCACUUUUGGACUAUCGUAUUGCGAUCGCUCUUGACGACUGCCUGCAGUACUGGACGCAACUCCUAAGGAAGCUGUAAAUCGACAGGCACUACCUCUCUUUUCACGACGCAUACAACACUCAGCGAAUUUCACACACGUAGUCAUGGCCGACGACUUGCAACGCUCGCUCGACGGAAUGUCAUUGCAGCCUCCUCAGCAGCAAGCGCACUCUCAGGCACAGAGACAAGGCUCCUUUUCGUCUGGCGGCUCGGGAUUGCCCUCGCCAUCUCAGCCUCCCCAGUCGGUUCACGCACCUCCGGGCUAUGGCAGUAUGCAUUCAGUCUCGAGCAACAAUCAUGGAAGCGGUGGCGAGAGCGCUUCAGCUCGCUUCGAGCGCUUCUUUAGCUCUGGAAACGCAUCGUCACCGGGCGAAGGCGGUCCGGCUUCCCAUCACCAAUUCGGUCAUCAAGCUGCCAGCAUCGGGCCAGGCAGCUCAGCAGCGGGUCUGGCCUCGAAUGGCGCCUUUGGCAGUUUCGGCCAUGCCUUUGGCGGCUCCACAGGCUCUGCCGGCGGCUCAGCUUUUGGUGGCACCGGGCCCGGUUUGAGGAGCAAAUCGAGCGGCAUCCGAGGCGGUCUCCCCUCGCAGUGGGGCGCCGUUUCUGAUACGUUUUCGGCCACCUCCCCAACAACGACGCCUGCCUUUCUAGGAUCCAACAGUCAGGCUGGUUCCGGCUUCUUGAACCAGGGUCAGGGUGCAGCUACUGGUAUUCUCGAUGACGACAUUAUUCCCACGGCCAUUGUCGUCAAGAACAUUCCCUUCAGUAUCAAGCGAGAGCAGCUUCUCCAGAUCAUUGAGGAUUUGCAGAUCCCAAUGCCCUAUGCUUUCAACUAUCACUUCGAUCAAGGCGUCUUUCGCGGGCUGGCAUUUGCAAACUUCCGCUCGGGCGAGGAGGCCGAUGCCGUUGUAGCUGCCCUCAAUGGCUUCGACGUCAGUGGCCGUAAGCUUCGGGUCGAGUACAAGAAGGUGCUCCAGGCUGGGGAGAAGGAGCGCAUCGAAAAAGAAAAGGCGAUCAAGCGCAUGCAGAGCAUGCAGAUGGAAAAGGAGCGAGAGCGAGUGCGCAGGCAUCAGCUCGACGGAAGCGAUUACGGCCAGCCGCCUAUGCCUGGCCAACAGCACGAUCCAUUGAUGAUGCAAAGCUACGGAAAUGACCCUUCGAUCUUUUCGACGUCGAACAUUGACCCGCCGGCGGCUUCACAUGCACCUUUGACGGCUGACACCCUUCGCGUUGUCGAUCAGCAGAAUGGCGUUGACCUGGGCACCACUUCGGACCGCUCAGCUGCUGGCGCUUCUUCAAAGAAAGAAGAGCUUGAUCUCAACGACCCUGCAACUCUGGAAAUCUACUCGCGGGUGCUCCUGUUUAAGGAUGACCGGAUGCGAGACGAGCUUUCGUUCUCCAAGUCGCUCUCGCCGAUGGAGAGAAGGACGGUCCACUUGGUUGCUCAGAAGCUCGGCCUGUACCACUACAGCAUGGGAGAAGGCGAUGAGCGAUAUGUCAUUGUGACCAAGAACGAGGUGCAAAACCAGCACAAGACUCUGCGCAGCCAGGCAUCCACCAUCGGACGAUCCAAUCGGGGCGACAUGACGGGUGGGAGCGUGCAAAACGGUCUUUUGGCGCCUGGAAGCAGCCUCACCACGGGUCGUAGCGGCUUGCGGUCCAAGAAGAGCGCCCCCGAUAUGAAGCGCCCCCGGGACCGUGAGGGUGACGGGAGCCUGGCAAGCGCCUUUGUCUUCGGCAGUGGUGCAAACCAGGGUAGUCAGACAGGGUAUAAUAAUGGCUUGCUUGCACCCGGUGGGAAUGCAGGUAUGACUCGAAAGAGCAACGGGAACCUGCGGGAAGGGUACAGCGCGACGAUGGGCAGACGACCUCAGGCUGGCGGGAUCGGAGGAGCGGCAGGGUUGCAGAGCCUCUUUUCGAGCCCAUUUGACGUCCCACCUGUCCCAUCGCUUCCGUCCUCGGCUCUCAACGGCAAUGGCAUCACCUACGGCGACUCAAGCCCUUCGCCAAGCGGCUUGAACAGCAACAACGGAAGUCUUUCUGCUGCUACAAGUCAGCAUGUUCUCCGACAGCCGGCAGGGCCCAAUGCCACCUCGAGAGGUUUCGCUCAGAGAGCAAGGAUCCCUUUGCAUCAAGGCCAGAGCGGCGAGAGCCCUUCACGAGAGCAGCAGCCCACGCCAACGUCUUCUUCUUCGGUGUACGAUUCGCGCAGUAAUGAUGACCAACAACAACAACCACGCUACUAUGAAAACCACGAGCACCUCGCCGAUGCCGACGUGCGAACACACUCGCCCCUUGAGGUGUAAGCGCAAUCGGAAAGCCGGCAAUAUAACACGAUGGACGAAGACUCGAACGCCGACGCCGAUGACAGAAUGAUCUUACUCUUCGCUUGUUCUCCUUUUCUUUCCAUCUCCAACCCAAGCGAAAGCUAUGUAUGCACUGAAGAUCACAGCACACCACCACCAGAUACUCUCAAUAUCCUUUUCUCUCGCUCUCUCUCAUAUCUUAACCUCUCUCUUUUCGGCUCCUAUGGUCCUUUGAAUUGAAUGUGAACUCUUCUUACGAUGUGU